AUGGUCUACCUCUUCUCUGCCCAGCGUUGUGAGCCUGUUAAGUAUUGUCCCGACAGAUGGCAGAUUUGCUUUCUGUGUCGAGACAGCUAUGGCUGCGUUAAAAUAUCAAAGUGGAUAUUCUCCAGACCCAGAAAAAAGUAAAAAUACGACAGACAGUUGAGGUUAUGGGGUGAUCAUGGGCAGGGUGCUCUAGAAGGUGCCCAUGUAUGUCUUAUUAAUGCAACUGCUACUGGUACUGAAGUACUGAAAAGCAUAGUUUUACCUGGAAUUGGAGCAUUUACGAUUGUGGAUGGAAACAAAGUGACAGGAGAAGAUAUUGGUAAUAACUUCUUUUUCGACAGUGAAAGUAUUGGAAAGCCAAGAGCUCAAAUUGCCACACAGUUGUUAUUGGAGUUGAACUCAGAUGUGAGAGGAGACUUUGUGGAUGAGACUCCAGAACACCUUUUAGAAGAAAAUCCCCAGUUUUUCAACAGUUUCUCUGUUGUAGUAGCAACUGGUUUAGCUGAAAAAACCCUUUUGCUGCUAUCCUCUCUUUUAUGGGAAGCUGGAGUUCCACUACUGGUCUGUAGAGCUUAUGGCAUGAUUGGCUACAUGAGAUUACAGGUCACAGAACAUACAGAAUCUUCCAUUUAUACAAUCUGCCAGCUGUAUGGAAAUUGUGACCUAAAUAACUUCAAACUAAUUCAACUUGUUCCACAAAAAAAUGACCACAGCCACACUCCAUAUGUUGCACUUCUCUUGAAAUAUAUUCAGCAACGGCAAAAGGAGAAUAGUGGAGAAAUUCCCAGGACCUUCAAUGAAAAGAAAGCUUUUAAAGAAAUUCUUCGAAAAGGCAUCAGAACUAAUCAAGAAGGUGUUCCAGAAGAAGAAGAAAACUUUGAAGAAGCAAUAAAAGCUGUCAAUACAGCACUGAAUGCAACAUUGGUUCCUGUAAAUGUGCAGAACAUACUCAAUGACACUGCAUGUGAAAAUCUCUCAAGUGAGAGUAAGCCAUUCUGGAUAAUGGCUCGAGCUUUACGGGAUUUUGUUGAAAAUGAAGGAAAAGGAACACUCCCUGUUCGAGGAACCAUACCAGAUAUGACUGCUGAUUCUGAAAGAUAUAUCAAACUUCAAAAUGUUUAUCGAGGACAGGCAACAAAAGAUGUUAAUGCUAUUUCAAAUCGUAUCCAGAAGCUACUGUUAGACUUAGGAAAGCCUCAAGACUUAAUUACAGAAAUGGAUAUUAGAUUAUUUUGUAAGUACUCUACUGCAGAAGGUAAAAUCAUAACUCUUAACAGUAAUAAAAGCUUUACUAAAUGCUGGUCGUUUUCACUAAGAAUGCUCUGGUUUUUGUUUGCUUUGACAGUAACGCACUUGAAUAACCCUGAUAGUGAAAUGGUUUUCUAUGUGAUGCUACGAGCUGUAGACAGAUUCUACACAGAAUUUAACCGGUUUCCUGGUUAUUUUGAUGAUCAGGUUGAACCAGAUAUUAUCAAGUUGAAGACGUGUUUAUGCAGAAUACUUCAAGAAUGGGGCUGUGCACCAUUAGCUAAAGAUGACUAUGUUCAUGAAAUGUGUCGUUAUGGAGCAGCAGAACUUCAUUCCGUGGCAGCAUUCAUUGGAGGAACUGGUGCUCAGGAAGUCAUCAAACUUAUAACUGGUCAAUAUGUACCUUUCAACAAUACCUUUCUAUACAAUGCAAUGACAGCAACCUCAGCAACAUAUGAACUCUGAACUAGCUAAUGUAGAGAUGAAGUGUUUCAUGUCAUUAAUUAAAGCCAUUUACAUUUUUGCAA